GCGGCGGCAGCGAGCAAAGUAGCGUAGCGGAGAUUCAGUUAAGCAGCCAUCUGUCCUAAAAGAAGAAGUAGGAGUGGGGGUUGACUUUGUAUGAAGACAACGGAGACGUGGGCUUGACGGGAUAAAACCAGAUUAAAUCCUUUUUUGAAGACGCUUGUCAAAUUGAUUGGAAGUGCCAUCCUCGCCUUCUGGAUUCCCACCAAGGAUCGUGGACGGUCGUAUCCGCUCAAAAGUAAACGUUUCCGAGCAUUUCCGAACGUACGAAGGAGCAAUCUGCUAAACCUGGGGAUCACGUCCCAUGUCUCGUCGAAGAAGCCGGAGUCCUUCGCCGGUGCACUUCUCACGCACCUGUAGCAGUACAGAUCCACGGGAAAUGGAGCGAAGGAUUUUUGUGGGGAAUUUGCCAACGUCCGACAUGGAUAAGAAGGAUUUGGAAGAUCUUUUCAGUCCAUAUGGAAAGAUACUUGGCGUUUCCCUGUUACGUGGAUAUGGAUUUGUACAAUUUGAGCGUGUAGAGGAAGCCGAAGCUGCAAAGUUGGCCCAAAAGGGUCGCAUUUAUAAAGGUUAUAAAAUAGAUGUAAAUAUGGCAGUGGAGCGACGGUGCGCUAAACCUCAUUCCCAGCCGAGCCCUCCACGCAGGCCAUACGGCGGUUUCGGGGACAGUAAGGAUCCCCGGCCUCGUUCCCGCUCGCCGGCGUUCCCCCGUGAUAGCAGAGAUCGAGAUGCACGUGAAUCCCGAGAUCGAGACUCCCGUGACGGCCGUGACGGGAGAGACCCCAGGGACCCUGUUAGAGAUUCCGGCAGAGAGCCAAGAACGGGAAGCCACGAGUAUCGUUAUCGCGGCUCCGAGAACAGAGACAAGGACCUGAGAGGCGGCCCGCGGGAUCCCGCCCACAACAGAGAGGAAUAUGACCGUUACUACCGUGGUGGAAACGCCCCGGAUGACUACUACGGCAGAAGGAAGGAUGACCUUUACAGGGACCAGUACAAAGACCCAUGGAACGGGCGACGCGAGGCUGAUGUAGAUGACCGCGGUCGUCCGGAGGAGCGCCGGCGUAAUGAGCUCUAUCGACAGUACUAUGAGGAACUGCAACGGCGCCACGAAACGGAACGCCCUGUCGACUGCUCCGUCAUUGUCGUCAACAAAGCGCAGAACAGGGAGUAUGCUGAGACAGUCGGGCGCAAAGUUCACGACUUGGGCAUGGUGGUGGACCUAAUCUUCCUCAACACCGAGGUGUCCCUGACUCAGGCGCUGGAGGACGUGGGGCGCGCUCGCACUCCUUUUGCCAUCAUCAUUACCCAGCAGCAUCAGGUGCACCGAUCCUGCACCGUCAACAUCCUGUUUGGCACGCCUCAAGAGCACCGGAACAUGCCCAUGCAGGAUGCCAUGAUGCUGAUCGGCCACAAUUACGACACCUACAAGGUGGAAACCCGCGAGAAGGAUCGCGAGGAGAUUGCCCGCAAGGCCGCCAAAAUGGCAGACGAUGUGCUCCUCCGUGAGCCUGACCGUGAAAGCCACCCGGUGUCUGUGCUAACCUCCAUCACGUUGCUUGCAGAGAACAGGUUUAUAAUGCCCGAGGAACUGGAAGGUCUGAUCGCGUACCUCACUGACAAACGGACGCGGCUGAUGAGAAAUCCCGCAGACCCUCACGCAGCUACGGUCCUUCCGGUCACCGCUGAUGGCCAGCCCUCGGCUGCAGGCUUGCCUUUGGUGGGUGCGGCGGCGGCGUUGCCUCCCGCCCUUUCCGCUCGCCCAGUACCACAGCAGUCUAGCCACAUGGUUCCGCACUCGGGCCUCGUGGGGCCCCAUUCGGGUCUCAUGGCACCGCAGCAGUCUGGCCACAUGGCGGUUCAGUCCAGCCCCAUGGCGGCACAGUCGGGCCACUUGGCGACCCAGCCCGGCGGCCACAUGGCGCCUCAGCCAAGUCACAUGGUGCCUCAGCCAAGUCACAUGGCGCCCCAGUCCAGCCACAUGGCGCCGCAGUCCAGCCACAUGGCACCCCAGUCCAGCCACAUGGCGUCUCAGCCAAUGUCAACGCCUCUGAGCACGCAGACCAACCCCAAUGAGGAGCUCCAGGCCAAGAUCCUCAGUCUGUUCAAGAGCACCGCUUCAGGCGCUUCCUCUGUCCAGUCCCAAGACUACAGCUCGGGGCGCCAAGGCGGAGCAGCGUCUCAGGGCUACGGCGCCUCUAUGGGCCGCUCGCCCUCAGCCGGUGCUUCCGCGGGUGGUCCGAGAGGCGCCAACGCUACCGGCGGUAUCAAUUUUGAUAACCCGAGUGUCCAGAAGGCUCUGGACACUCUUAUCCAGAGUGGCCCGGCUCUCAACCACCUGGUGAACACCGGCAGCCUGGCACUUCAACAGCAACCCCAGCAGCAGCAGCAGCAGCAGCAACAAAUGCACCAGCACCAGUCCCAAAUGCACCACCACCACCACCAGCAGCAGCAGCAGCAGCAGCAGCAGCUACCACCAGUUCGACCAGCAGCCAACAUGGGCCAAAUGACACAAAUGUACCCCCGGCAUUACUGAGAAGUUCGAGAUAGUUUUGUAAACGAUUUUACUUUUGUUGUUGUUUUUCUUAUCCGCACCCUAUGUUUGAGGUUCCGUUGGUGUUAGGAUGAUUCCAUCAACAUCUCCCCGCAUGCAAAUGUUUCCUUCUCUUACGUUUGAUGUAUUCCAUUUAAAAAAAGUCACCACACUGCUGUAAUAAAA